AGUAUUCCUUGGAAACCAAGGAACAGAGGAAAACCGGCUCUGAUACCAAAAUGAAACACCCUAACCCGGCCGGGUACUACUUUUACUAAAAUGCCCUUGAUAAAUAAAGUGUUCAAACCUUAAAUUGCAGCGGGAAAAUUUUUCAUAAAUAAAAUACUGAAAACACACACUUGUAGUUCAAAGUGAAGCCCUAACACGUGGGCAAAUUAAACUCAAACUUUAAAAUCUCAAUCUGAUCUCAAAAUAAUCUCCAGUCUGUACUCAUAAUCAUAAAUUUAAAUAACUAACAAUCUUUGUAGUGGUUGCUACUGAAAUCUUUGACUAAGCAUCAUCCGUAACGCUUAUACUGCUCUCCUCUAGCUGGCUGCCCUCGAACUCGCUGCUCAAUACUGCUCCUCUAGAUCUUUCUCUAGCUCUUCAAACUGGUGAGUGAGAUGGGGUCAGUCUACGCCCUUACGUUUUAAUACUUCUACUACUUGAGUACUUUACUUAAACACUUACUUUAGCUAGUGGAAGUUGGUUGUACUUCCAAUCUUAAAAUCUUAACUCUUAAACUUUGAGGGAGUUAGAGUUACUCUCCUCUCUUAAAACUCAAAUCUUGACUUAAAUACUUGACUGACACGGGGAUCCCUCACUAGCUAGUCCGGUUGCCAACUCAUACGUAUGAGAAGCCAUUCAGGCUUUCCUUAAACUUAAACUUAGUUAGGGAAGUCGUAACGAUUCAUCCCCCUAACAUCUUAAACUUAUCGUGGUGGCUCUUCACCACGAUUCUCAAGGGCAUAACUGCUGCCCACCUUAAAAAUCUCAAGAGCAUAACUGCUGCUCUAACUCAAACUGUCUCAAAAGGCAACGGACUGGCGCUAGUGACUAAAAACACUUAAAACGACUUCACCUUCUUGAAGGUGAGUUACUUCUUUAAAAAGAACUUGCUUCUUACUCUUAAUAAUAACUUAUACUCGUUAAAAUUUCAAGGUACUUAAUAAACACUCACUUCAAGCAUAGCUCAAACAAAAUCACCUCAAAUAGCACGAAAUCAUCUCAUACCCUAACUCAAGCAAAGCACAAACAAUCAAUCAUACACAUAACCAAGCAACGAUAACCAAAUCGCUAAAAUACUUAAAAUCAUAAUACUUAAAAAAAUACGUAAGGCGUAGAAUUUACCCCCUUUACACUCACCUUAAUACUGAAGUCAAAACCUCGAGAUAAGGCUGUUGUGCCCUGGUCUCCAUGAAACCACAUUUUUGCACGGCAUCUCAUCAAAACAGGCACGAGCAGACGAGAUGUUCUUCACCCUUGGCAUCUUUAGGAAGAGCCCGCUUCACUUCUACUUGCUUCCCGUUCAAAUCAUGAAAUGUUUUGUGCAACACUCUAUCGACCCAAUCCUCCGACUCAAAGGAAAUAAAUCCAAACACUCGAUUGGCCAUAAGAUCCUGCCGCCAUCACCUGGACUAUCUACUUCCCCACAAGAAGGCGAUCUCACCUGGACCAUCCAUUAUCUGGCGGUAGUGAAAUUGGUGAUGACGAUGUGAUAGAAGGAUGGACUUGUCCGCUUGCGAGGGGAAAGGACAAGUGCUUCCGGCGGUGAGACGCGCAAGGGAGCGUCUUGGGCGGCGGAAAUUGGAUGGAGUCGAGGGUUUUGGAAAACCUUGAGGGCCGAGCUCCCUCUCGGUUUAUAUGUAUUUUUUUUAAAUAAUAAUAUAGUUAUUAUUAUUAUUAUUAUUCAUAAACCGCGGUUGCAACCCUUCGUACGUAACCAUCGAUCCAAUCAUUCGGUCGAACCUAACCCAAAAUUCGGGAUGUUAUAACAGUCUAAGUCAUCGGGUCCAUAAUUCAUCUCCAUAUCUAUCAGCCUGUUUACCGUAUGUGAACGCAAACACUGAUCGGGAACAUGCAACCCAGGGAAAUCUGCUAAUGACUUCGAAAAUCUCUCCAUCAAUUUGUCAAUAUGAAUAAGGCACAACUCCUUAAUUUCAUCCUCCGACAAAUUCAACUGGAGUAAAUUCAGCUCUCUACGUCGUGAAUGCAAAAUGCCUUCACUUAGUAAUUCCCAAUUCUUUAACCAAAAAGAAGUCACAUUAGCCACCUGACAAUGAAUAAGAAUUGUGACAAAAAGUUUUCUAAGUUUAUAACCAGAAGCCCAGUGCGAAGCUUCUUGGACACAAUCAUUCCAUUCAGAAUCUCCUGAUAACAGUCCCCGAGCAUAACAUGCUUUUUGGAAUGUUUCAUAUACCACCCCAUUCACUGUUCUAAUAUCAUCAUAAGAACAACAACCCCUAACAACAUGCAAUAGCAUUCGCAAAUAGUAUCGCUCCUUUGCGGAUGGGUAGCAGUAAUAUAAUCUAGCAAUGCAGGUACCUUUUUGCGCUGCUGCCACUUCUUGUAUUUUUUAUUCCAUACAUAAUAUUGUGGCAUCUCCGCAAAGGUAUAUUUCCGUGCAUCCAUUGACUGAAGAUUGAGAUCCAUCCAUGCUAACAACAUUGAGGUUUGGGAACUGCUAGACUCAACCGCUUCCUCCACGUUAGAAUCAACAUUUGAAUACACUGUAUUUUCACCAGGCAAAUGACAGGACAUACGCAGUACUGUUGGAGAGUGAGUGUAUAUAUCAAACCUAAAAAUUCUCCAACAUGCGUCUCCCGAUGUGAUGUAACGGGCAUCCAUGAAUGCCUUUAUCUCAUCGAUUUGCACAACCGUAGUUCCACGAUUCCGACCAUCCAUAGCCGAAGCUGUUUGUUGUACAGCUACAGUGACCAUUGCACGAUCCUCGGGUUUGUUGAUGUACUUAAACAAAUAUUUCACAGCCCUAUAGAAACAUCAAAUAAAACCAAGUUGUAGAUGUUAGAUAGGGAAGUAGGAAAAAGUUGUAUUACAUUUUUUCUUAAAUGUGACUUGUAUUAAAUAAGAAAUCAAAGUACAGAGAACAAAAGGCAACAAAUGGAUCACAAUAGCUUAUCCAAGGGGAAAAGAAAAUGAAGGAAAACACACCAAAAAAUAUUACAAAAAUUACGGAGUUGCGGCAAGAAGUCACACCAAUAAGAUAACACUGGGUUUAUAAAAUAACUAUAAAAAAAAGAGAAAUCACACAAAUAUUGGUUUGGUUUUUAUUCAUCUUUGGAAAUUAAAUCAUAAUUCAUAUGCAUGCAUAAAGUUAAUAAUGAGUGUAGCAUAUAAAUAUACAUAUAGCCUGUCAUUAAGAAUCUGAGUUUGGUAAUAUAAUAAAGGAAACAACAACGU